AUGGAGCGAACAAAAGGAAAACGAAGUGUUGUGAAAGUUGGAAGUGUUUUCGAGACACUUUUGACGUACAAUGUGGUCCGACUCAUUCGAAAUCCUGGUCCGUACGCGGAAUUUGUGGUGAAAGAAGGCGAAAAUGAGAGACAAAUGCGAAUUGAGCCGAUUGAUAGAAAGAAGCUCAAAUAUACCGCCGAGAUUCUGAAGCGAACGAAUGGAAUUGACGAUAAACGCUAUACGCCGGAAUUUUUUGAGUUUGGCCAGAAUAAGGAGCUGCGAACAAAUUUUCUCAUCACAAAUUUGUAUGGGAUUCAAAUCGAGGAAGUUCGAAAAGCGUUGAAGAAAAGCUUCACACCCGAUUGCGUUUUGAACAUCGCCAAACAGACAUUGGAGGCGAUUAAAGUGCUCCAUAGCGCCGGAUUCAUUUCGCGCAACGUGAAGCCGGCGACGUUCAGCAUUGGGCACGGCAAAAAGGCCGAUCAGAUCAUUUUGAGCGAUUUUCGCAUCACUCGCGUUCAUCUCGACGACAAGACGAAAUUGCCGAGAGAGCCGCGAAAAUUUGUGAAGUGGAUUGGAACUGCUCGCUAUGCGAGCAUCAACGCGAUGCGGGAACGCGAUCAAGGCCGACGCGAUGAUAUUGAAUCAUGGAUUUACAUGAUCAUCGAUUUGUAUGACGCCGACAUUGGUUUGCCGUGGAAGAAAGCGGCGAGGGAAAAGGUCGUUGAAUCAAAAGAAGUUUUUAAAAAUCACGAUUAUGCGGCGCCGUAUGAAAAAAUUCCAGUGCAAUUUAAGAGUCUUCUGGAUUUGGUGCAUUCUUGGAAUUAUGAUACCACACCAGACUAUGACGCAAUUCAUGUGAUAUUGAAUGAGAUAAUCGAUGCGAAAAAAUUGGACAUCAAAAUUUGCGAUUGGAUCGAUAAAUUGACGCCGGACAUUGAGGAGCAAGUGGUUCUUGAGGCGAUGGAAAAAACGCCGGAUAAUAAAUGCUCGGGACAAGACGAUUUCGAAUUUGCAAAAGUGAAAAAGAUUGCCGAACGCAAAAAAAUGAAUCCGAAUGAUGUUAUAAAGAACGGCUCUUGUCAUUGGAGAGUCGUCGUGCUUCUCGGAAGCGGCGGUUUCGGCGAUGUCUACAAGGUUUACAAUGAGAAAGGCAAGAAGGACAAGUUUUACGCGCUGAAAACUGAAAGCGAGGACGGAAAAAAGGCGAUGCUUCGAUUGAAGGUUGAAAUGCAAGUGAUGAUGUGUAUUCAAGAAUUCCGGAAAGGCAAAACCACAACCGCCGGCCACAAGCAUUUUGUCGAGUUUGUCGAUCGCGGCAAAAGCGACUAUCUCAAAUGCAAAUUCAUUGUGAUGAGUCUGGUUGGGCCGAGUUUGGAAGAUGUUCGCAAAAAGUACAAAGUUGAUUUGUCGCAUCGAUCGACACCGUUUGUUAUAGCGGUUCAAAGUCUCGAGGCGGUUCAUGAUCUCCACAACCUUGGAUUUCUACACCGAGACAUUAAGCCGGCGAAUUUUGCUGUUGGAAUCGGUCCCGACGAGCCGACGGUGUUCAUUCUCGAUUUUGGUAUUUGCCGCAGCUAUCUGGAUCCGGUCACCAAGAAGCAUCGAGCUCCGAGAAAAUCGGUGAAAUUCCUCGGAACUCUUCGAUUUGCUUCUCGCGCCUGCAUGAAAUCGACCGAUCAGGGAAGAAAAGAUGAUUUGGAGUGUUGGCUUUAUAUGAUUUUUGAUAUAAUGGACGAGGAGAAUGGGAUACCUUGGCGACGAGUGAAAAAUCGCGAGAAAAUUCUUGCCGCCAAAGUUUUGUUCUUUCAGUUUAAACUAGAAUCGGCUUAUGAGAAUAUCUCGAAGAAAAUGAAACAAAUUGUGGGAUACGUCGAUUCUCUUGAAUAUCAAUCGCUUCCUGAUUAUCAGUUCAUUGAAAAGCGUCUCAUAAAAAUUGCCGAGGGCUUGAAUGCGCCGAUAACGAAGAAAGUCGAGUGGGCCGGAAAAUUGAACAAAGUGCCGCGUGAGGAUCGAUUCGGUGAAUCCUCAUCGGAUUCUGAUCUUCCGACAGGAUCCGAUGAGGAUGACGAUUAA